AUGUAAUUUUAAUAAAAUUGUUUGACCUUGGAACUGUCAAAUUUUGACUAUUAAUGUUUGUGUUUCCAUUGAGACGAAUUUGUCUGAAAAAUCCAAAAUCCUUAUUACAAACAAUAGUUACACGUUAUAGCACAAGUUUCUUUCAGCUACAAACUAACUCAUUUUCAUCAUCGAUCAUGUCCAAGUCGGCGCUGAUGAUCCUCGCCCAAGGUGCUGAAGAAAUGGAGACGGUCAUUACUGUUGAUAUGCUGAGGAGAGGAGGUGUAACAGUAACUCUUGCUGGUCUAGAUGGCGACGCCCCGGUGCUCUGCUCCAGACAAGUAACUCUAGUACCCGACAAGUCUCUGGCCGACGCAUUGGCUGAAAAGCCCCAAUAUGAUGCUGUAAUUCUUCCAGGGGGUCUAGAAGGUUCCGAGCGUCUCUCAAAGUCAAGCGUGGUGGGUACUCUUUUGAAGGAACAUGAGAAAUCUGGUAAAAUUGUCGCUGCCAUAUGUGCUGCUCCAACAGCGUUUGUAGCUCAUGGAGUUGGAAAAGGAAAGCGUGUCACAUCCUACCCUUCUACAAAGGAUAAAAUAUCAACCGAUUACACCUAUGUCGAAGGAGAAAGGGUUGUCGUUGAUGGCAACAUCGUCACUAGCAGGGGUCCUGGCACAGCAUACUGGUUCGGACUAACUUUGAUUGAAAUGUUGACCGGCAAGGAAAAAGCUCAACAAGUUGAGAAGGGAAUGCUUAUCUCUGGAUACUAGUUGUAUCAGAAUCAUACAGUAAUGUGAUUAUUGUAAGACGUAAAUGUAUAUUGGCUGUUGUAAUAAAAUAGAUUAUCAUUUUCAUUAAUAUAUUAAGAAAGCUA